AUGAGGCCCCCACCAAGCCCGGCAGUGCCCAGUAGAACGAGAGAGGGGCCUGUGCCCCGGAUGCGGACACAGCCGAUGGGCAUCCCUGCAGCCCAGAGGACCGGUCCUCUCCAGUCCCACGGGAUGCGUCUGCUCUGGGGCCCUAGGAGGCUCUUCCUCACCCUGCUUCUGCUGGUUUCCAUCAAGCAAAAACUCCUUUUCCCUGGGAUUUUCCACAGCUUUUUAGCUAAGGGUGAGGACCUUCCAGCGUGCUCAGGGAACGGACUGUGUGUUUUGACCUUUCCUCUAGAGCCUUGUUUACUUUCAGAGAGCCCAGGAAGGGCCUACAGACACUGCUUGGCUCAGGGGACUUGGCAGACGCGAGAGAACGCCACGGCUGUUUGGCAGGAUGACUCAGAAUGUGCAGAGAACCACAGCUUCAAACAAAACGUGGAUCACUAUGCCUUGCUGUCCACCUUGCAGCUGAUGUACACCGUGGGCUACUCCCUCUCUCUCAUCUCCCUCUUCCUGGCUCUUACACUCUUCUUGUUUCUUCGAAAGCUGCACUGCACACGCAAUUACAUCCACAUGAACUUGUUUGCUUCGUUCAUCCUGAGAGCGCUGGCCGUCUUGGUGAAAGACAUCAUCUUCUACAACUCUUACUCCAAGAGGCCUGACAAUGAGAGCGGAUGGAUGUCCUAUGUGUCCGAGAUAUCCGCCUCCUGCCGCUCCGUCCAGGUCCUCUUGCACUACUUUGUGGGGGCCAAUCACUUGUGGCUGCUGGUGGAAGGACUUUACCUCCAUGCUCUGCUGGAGCCCACCAUGCUUCCUGAAAGGCGGCUGUGGCCCAGAUACCUGGUGGUGGGCUGGGCCUUCCCAAUGCUGUUUGUCAUUCCCUGGGGUUUCGCCCGUGCACACCUGGAGAACAUAGGGUGCUGGGCAACAAAUGGAAAUAAGAAAAUCUGGUGGAUCAUCCGAGGACCCAUGCUGCUUUGCGUGACAGUCAAUUUCUUCAUCUUCCUCAAAAUUCUCAAGCUUCUCAUUUCCAAGCUCAAAGCCCAUCAGAUGUGCUUCAGAGACUAUAAAUACAGACUGGCAAAGUCAACGCUGCUCCUCAUUCCUUUAUUGGGGGUUCAUGAAGUCCUCUUCUCUUUCAUCACUGAUGACCAAGUUCAAGGAUUUUCAAAACUUAUUCGACUCUUCAUCCAGCUGACAUUGAGCUCCUUCCAUGGAUUUCUGGUGGCCUUGCAGUAUGGCUUUGCCAAUGGAGAGGUGAAGGCUGAGCUGCGCAAGUCCUGGGGCCGCUUCUUGCUAGCUCGCCACUGGGGCUGCAGAGCCUGUGUCCUGGGGCAGAACUUCCGGUUCCUGGGGAAAUGUUCCAAGAAGCUGUCAGAGGGAGAUGGUGCUGAGACACUUCGGAAGCUGCAGUCCUCAACCUGCAGUUCCCACUUGGCCUCUGAGACCCGGGGGGAGCUGGGAGCUAGGUCUCACCGGGGCCGGGGAGCUUGGCCCCGGGGAAGCAGCCUGUCCGAGAGCAGUGAGGGGGACUUCACCCUGGCCAAUACCAUGGAGGAGAUUUUGGAAGAGAGUGAGAUCUAAGGCAGGGUCCAUUGCCCCAGCUCUGCAACUGGGGACUCCUGAGAAGGAGGUUGAUGAGCCCGGGAUCCUCCUCCUGCUCACUAUGCCCAUUUUGAUGUGAAGUCUCUCCUGGGUUGUCAAGCUCUGUAUAAAUGAGUCUGUGUAAUGCCCACGGCCCUUCCUGCCAUGGUCACCCUACUGGCUCCCCUGCCAGGUAUAUGUCCCAGAAUGUCCACUGAUCUCUGGGGCCUUGCCCUAAAUUCAAGUGAAUGUAGCUUUCCAUGAAGAGAAGUCACUUAUUAAAUAGGGUCCAGUUAGUAUCUCCUUGCCCCUCAUGGUGCAUGGCCUCCUUCUGGGUGUAGGGUGCACCGGAACCCCACAGGAAGCUUUGAAGUGUCAAGUCCUGGGGACCAUGGCCAACAUUCUGAGAGAGCAAGUCUGAGGUGAUGACCAAGAAUUGGAAGUGUUUGACAAGCAUCUGAGGAAAUUCUGGGAGGUUCGCCCUUGGCAAACUAGCCCUGGGCAGGAUAGAUGGAGUGGCUAGUAUGCAUUUGCUGCUCACCUGGGGCAUACCACUCUCCUUGGACAGGGGGUGACCCCGUGUUGUCCCCCAGAUCCCUCUACUCCCUGUUUCUCUUUUCUUCCUCUGUCAAGUCUCGCCUCCCUUUCUCUAUCUCAGUUCUGCCUGGGGUUGACAGAAGUUGGAAUGUUGGUUUCUGUCCUCGCUGCGGUGGCCACAUGCCUGGUGAUUUAAGGGGUGAGGUGCCCUGUGGGCCCAUGGCUUGAGAGCGCAGUCCAUCAAGGUGAGGAAGGCACGGUGGUGAGAGAGAGGGGUUCUAGUGGAGCUGCAGGACCAUGAGGUGACUCAUGAGGUGGCUGGUCACUGUUCUUGUCAGCAUGCCGGUUGGUUUUUGUCAACUUGACACAAACCAAGAAAUCUCCGGGAAGAGAAACUCUUAACUGAGGACUGUUCCCCCAUCAUACUGUCCCAUAGGCAAUUUUCUUGAUUCACGGUUGAUGUGGAAGGGCCCAGCCCACCGUGGGUGGUGCCAUCCCUAGGCAGGUGGUCCUGGGUUGUAUAAGAAAGCAGGCUGAGCGAGCCAUGAGGAGCAAGCCAGUAAGCCGCACUCCUCUGUCACCUCCUGCUUGAGUUCAUACCCUGACUUCGCUCAGUGAUGGACUGAUGUGGAAGUGUGAGCCAAACAAACCCUUUCCUCCCCAACUUGUUUUCGGUCAUGAUGUCUAUCAUGGCAGAAUAAAAAAGCAAAUCAGGACAGAAAUUGGUACUGGAGAGUGGGCUACUGCCGUGACAGACCUGACCAUGUUUUUGUGGGGGAGGAUUGUAGAAGUGUUUGGAACCUCAGGCUGGAAAAGCCUCCGAGGGUUCAAAGCUUGAUGGGUGUUACCAGACAAUUGGAGUGUUGAGGGAAAUGCGGUUGAUGGAGGCCUGGCUUGUGAACAUUUAGAGGGAAGACUCUAUGAGGGUGGUCUGAGGUGUUUUGAAUUGAGUUUGUAGCUUCUGGUCAGCUGAGGGUGAUGAAUCCACUCAGUAAGAGACCAGCAUCACUGAGGCAAAGCCUUCUGGGAGGUGUUCCUCAGGAUAGGAAGCCAUGGUCUGGUGGGGAGGUGGCGACCAGGCUGUACAUCAGACCAGUAGCAAAACUGGGCAAACCAGGAAGUCAGGCAGCAGGGAAAGAGGGAGGCUGGUGCUCUGUGCUCCUUUUCCAUCUUAUUCAGCUGGUGGGAUGGUGCUGCCUAUGUCCAGGGUCUUCCCUUCUCAGGUAAGCCUCUCUAGAAAUGUCCUAAGGCACAGUGAAAGGUGUGUCUCCUAGGUGAUUCUAAGUCCAGAUGAGCUGACACCACCUCACUGUCCUUUCUUUGGCCUCACCUGCCGGGAGCCUUUUGAAUGUUGUCAUUGGUUCUGUCCUCUUCUUCCUGGGUCCUCCUGUCCUGAAGUCAGUUUGUACCAGCCCACUUGUUCUACAUCCCUCAGGGAUAGGAACACCCUUCCAUUGUUGGCUCACCAUUGAUCCUUUGAUAGCCAGGCUUCCUGCUCCAGGAGCCUAAUCCAUUACUUUCCUGAUUCAAGUCCCAUGGACAAGAAUUCUUCCUCCCAGACAGGUGCUGACAGCCCAGGGGAGGGAAAAGGACUCUGGUUGAGUGUGGACUUGCUGGGGGAGGCACAAGAAGCCCAAGGCCCUACAGCUGUCAGGCUUAUUGGACCUUCAUGCCAAUGGGAAAUCAGCUGCAUUUGACCUGACCUACAGAGGCUGAGGAGGGUCAGGCAGCCAAGGUCAGGCCCAGUUAUGGAAGCCACAAGGCAAGAGGUUGCAGAAUGACUGAGGGACAAACUGUUUGUAGAAACUUUGUGCAGAUGGCAAGGAGUGCUGCUUUUUGUGGGCAAAGUGUAUGUGUCCAUGGUGGGGUAUGUUGCCU